AUGGAUUUUGCCAUGGAGGAUAACCAGAAUUCUGCCCCUGGCAGCGUCCCUGCCGCCAAGCUCAAUUCGAGAAAGGGCCCAGAUUCUCAGAGCGUCACCAAAAGAUUGCAAACCGAGCUUAUGCAGCUUAUGACCGCGCCUGCCCCCGGUGUCUCUGCGUUUCCUUCCGCCGAUGGUAAUCUGCUCUCGUGGACUGCUACCAUCCAGGGACCCGAAGACACCCCCUACGCCAGCUUGACCUUCAAGUUGAGCUUCUCCUUUCCCUCCAACUAUCCAUAUGCUCCCCCUACCGUCCUCUUCAAGACGCCCAUCUACCACCCCAACGUGGAUUUCUCAGGCCGCAUCUGUCUUGACAUUCUUAAGGAUAAGUGGACAGCUGCCUACAACAUCCAGACGGUUCUCCUAAGCCUCCAGAGCUUGCUCGGCGAGCCCAACAACUCCUCGCCUUUGAACGGCGAAGCUGCUGAGCUGUGGGACUCUAAUGCUCAAGAGUUCAAGAACAAGGUCAUGGGACGUCACCGAGAUAUUGAGGAGGAGUAG